AUGGAUGAGAAAGUGUUUGGGUGGUUAUACCAGCCAUUUUGCACCCCUCAUAUUGGAAAACAUAGUUUGGCUACUUGUCUGUCAAACGGCUUCAUGACUCCUCAUUUUCCGAAAUGUUUCAAGGGUUCCUCUUCGGGAAACUUCGCGGCGGAGCCAGGCGGCGAUGAGGAAGCGGAAGAGAGUUUCAGCUCGAGGGAUGAGCUCCCGGUGCAAGGGAGUACUGUAGGUUCGGUUCCGAGCCAUGCGCUGUCACCCUCUGCCUCUGCCCAAACCAACACGGAGUGGGUCCCGGAUAGUGGUUUUCCCAUGAUGUCACGUUUUAUGCAUGCGCCUUCUCCAGGUUUGUCCUCUUCUCCUGGGCCUGCUCUUUUGGGCUCGGGCUGGGUUGGGCAGAAAAGAGCGCGUGAAGAUGAGACGGGUGCAACCGCGAGUGGGGGUGGGGGUGAGGGUGGUUCGUCACGGAGUGCGUCACAGGAAGAAAGCGGCGAGAGGAGGAGGAGAUACAGAGGAGUUAGGCAGAGGCCGUGGGGAAAAUGGGCUGCGGAGAUUCGUGAUCCUCACAAAGCGGCGAGAGUGUGGCUUGGCACCUUCGACACCGCCGAGGCUGCAGCCAGAGCUUACGAUGACGCCGCAUUGAGGUUCAGAGGUAACAGAGCCAAACUCAACUUCCCCGAAAACGUUGCAGCGGUUCAACCUCCUCACCUUCCCGAUUUUCUUCCCACCUCACUCGCCGGCUCCAGUGAUGUUCCGGCGGUGACCGGCUAUUCUCCGACGGUGAUGCAGGGGGCGCCGUUUCAGAGCUCCUCUGAUUUUCUGAGAGACUACUGGGGGUAUUCUCAGCUGCUGCGGAGCACAGGGGAAUUCCAUGGACUCGAGCAGUGGUUCUAUGAUUCGCAAAUGGCAGCACUUCAAUCUUCUUCAUCGUCGUUGUUGCCAUUACCGCCUGCGUAUGCACCGUCCUCUGCUUCCUUUCCUCUGUUUUCCAGCCAGCAAAUGGAAGUCCUCCGGCCGCCGGGACAGCAGCCUCACGGUGGAGGAGAAGGUGGUGGCGGGUCAGAGUUUCCACCUUCGACGUGGUCAGAUACCAGUGGUUAUCCUCCCCCACCUCCACCACCUGGUUGA